AUGAACACCUGCAUCAUCCUGCACAAUAUGAUUGUUGAAAAUGAGCGAGGGAAUUACAAGCUGAUGCAAGACUUGGAGUUUGACCAAGCCACGAUGGCAGCCGCUGAUGCCGCCAAGAUUGUGGUGCGUGCUGCAGCUGAUGUCGUCGAUGGAUCCAUUGCCGCUAUGGCGUCUCGGUCAGCGGCAUCUCGGAAUUCUCAACUAUUCAAGCAGCUACAGUCGGACCUUGUGACGCAUCUUUGGGCGCACAAAG